GCGGUUCUCGUACAUUCACAAUAGAAACGGUUCUGAAGAGAGAAUUCUGUUUUCCAGAUUAUGUCCAAAAAAACGAGAGAGAUGGACCAGAUGGUGACUGGAGCGUAUAUCCACAGUUAGUCCGUUCGUUCUUCCUUUCCCUUUUUUACGUGACGGUCAUAUAGCUCCCCCCUUUACCGGGGUUUCCCUUUCGACAUUUAGUGCGCUUCCCACUGUGGUUAUCAAACGUGUAAAGUAGGAACAUAUGGUGAUGCACCCACAAAGCGGUGGGUGUGCUGGGAAUCACCGAAAGUUUGUGUACUGGGAGUCUGGACGUGAUGCCGAAGGGUAGACCUUGUUAGAGGGAGAUAGGAAUGAUUACCGAAAGGGAGCUUAAUGGGAGUCUGGGAGUGAUGCCGAAGGGCAGAGCUCGUUAGAGGAAGUUCGAAGGAAGGAAAAGGAUUAGGUUAGGGGGCAGGUUAUGGAUGGCGACUACGUGGUAGCGUUGGCAGUGUGUUCGAUGAGAUUGUGUGGAGAACGUGGUAGCGUUGGCAGUGUGUCGCUGAGAUUGUGUGGAGAAAUGUCUUAUCAUAGACUACAUACGAAGUCCACCGAUAUUUGCAAUGCAAUGUAUGUUGGGGCCACUCUGGAGUUACGACACGGUUCGGAUCUUUGAUUUGUGUGAUUUGAUGGGUUGUAGAAUAUCCGUGGACCGUGGGAGUAUGGUGCCAUAUGCAGUAAUAUGUGUAAUAGAACAGUCUCCAUCGAGAGAGGAGAGCGGGAAAUGGUGCCAAAUGCAGUAAUAUGUGUAGUAGAACUGUCUCCAUCGAGAGAGGGGAGCGGGAAAUGGUGCCAUAUGCAGUAAUAUGUGUAGUAGAACUGUCUCCAUCGAGAGAGGGGAGCGGGAAAUAGGGAGAUAUGGUUCGCGAUUGUUUCGCUUACGCUGAUGGUACUUGAUAAUGUUUCGUUUCGGUAGGCUGGCAACGUUAAGUUGGGUGUGGGGAGGGGCUCUUUAACUGGCAUCGGCAAUUAAUAAUGUCGACGACUUGACGCGCGGGUGUGUGCGCGCGCGUGAUGAUGUUUGUGUGUUUGUAUGUGAUGAUGUUUGUGUGUUUGUAUGUGUGGUCGUGUGUUUGUGUGCCUCGUGUGCUCGACGAUGUCUCUGUGUGUGUGUGCAUGUGUGUGUGUGUGUGAGAGAGAGAGAGAGAGCUGAGCAUAUGCCUUGCCUUGUCGAAUGAGUUGUACUCGGGGGAAUGCUAUCGCUACAUUGGUUAAGGGAUAUUACUAUAGACGCGUGUCGUGGGGUCUGUCUCAGGGUGCGUAUGCUCGAAACGUCAAUGCAGCUCAUGCAAGCCAUGUGUACACCUUGAUAAUCUUCUCCUUAGUGAAGCGACUCUGCGAGCGGGUUAUUUAGCUAUAGGGUUCGGACGGGUAGAGGGUGUGGGUGUGUGCGUUGGCGGGAGGAAGAGGAAGAUCGUCCGCGGUGCUGCCAUCUGAGGUCACUCUGACUGGCAUACGGGCGCAUACACGCCGAAGUAGAGUAUAGUCGAUUGCGCGCAGCUACACGGACGGUGGAAGUCGAAGAGGGAGGGGAGGGGAGAGGAGGGGAGUGGAGGAGAGGAAGUGAGACGAGGUAGCGAUGGUUGUCAGUUUGGGAGAUGUGAUUCCGGACCGGGAGGUGGUUACCACCCAUGGCAAAUUGAAGUUGCACGAGUACGUGGGCGAUGGCUGGCUUAUGUUGUUCUCCCAUCCAGGGGAUUUCACACCGGUAUGCACGACGGAGCUGGGGAAGAUAGCCCAUAUGCAUCGCGAGUUUGAGAAGCGCGGGGUGAAGCUGAUGGGCCUGUCCACUGACGACGUGAAGCAGCAUGAAGAGUGGGCCAAGGAUGUUGAGGCCUUCGGCGGAAGUCCCGUUAAGUACCCCAUCAUUGCGGAUCCCGACCGCACUGUGGGACAGGAACUUAACAUGAUGGAUCCUGACCUGAAGGACGAUAAGGGUCACCCCCUAGCCUCUAGAGCGCUUCACAUCAUUGGCCCUGACAAACGCAUCCGACUCAGUUUCCUGUACCCUGGUAAGGUGGGCCGUAACAUGGACGAAGUCCUCCGUGUCAUCGACGCUCUGCAGCUGGCCGAGAACCAUCGGAUCGCGACGCCGGUCAACUGGAGGCCUGGAGAUCCCGUCGUCAUCUCUCCGUCGGUAUCUGAGGAAGAAGCAAAGCAGUUUCCUGGCUACAUGGUCAAGACUCUUCCGUCUGGGAAGAUGUACAUGCGCAUGACGUCCAUUAGCUAAGAAUCUGAUGCGGUUGUUGCUAGUAAACAUGACAUGGUCCUGAUAUUCUCUCCGUCGGUAUGUGAGGAAGAAGCAAAGCAGUUCCCUGGCUACACUGUCAAGACUCUUCCGUGUGGUAAGACGUACAUGCGCAUGACGUCCAUCAGCUAAGAUGGGAAUAUCAACUUGUCGCUAGUGCACAUGGUCCUAAUUUUAAGUCAGGGAAAAGCUAUUUGCGGCUGUCGAUCAAUUCCGCAAAAAAUGCGGUUGUCAUGCCGUUCAGUCUAUUUCCAGACGUGUCCUGAUCAGUUGCACAUCUGUCUGAUCCGAUCUGAUCCGAUAGUCCAUCGGGCCCGGGAAAAAAAGAGGUCACAGGUUCAAGUCCUGUAGGAUGCUGAAUUCUUCGGGAGAGUGGCCGAGUGGUUAAAAGAGCCACAGACUGUAAAUCUGUUGAAGGUGAUAUUAACCGUUACAUUUCUACGUAGGUUCGAAUCCUGCCUCUCCCACUUCGUGGCCUUCAUACAUUUCAUGAAUUACAUGUGAAGACAGAAAGUGGUCGUCGUGCGACGUGCGUGCAGUAGUAGACGUGAAUGCGGUUCUCGUA